AUGCUCAGCCAUCUCCGCCGAGCCUUAUCUCGCCACCACGACGAUCUCCUCCAGCCUUCAUACCAACUCGACCUAGCAUCCUCGUACUCUCCCUCUCCUUCUUUCCAGGACCAAUCACGAACUGGACAUGGUCGUUCGAGGAUCACACCCUUCCCUCCUGGACGAUAUUCCACUGCCCCCUCGCUAGGAUCUUACCAUGACCAACUCCAAGAAUUGUCAGAGGGUGCAGCUGAGAGAGACGAACUACAAGCUCUCGAAGCGCUCUACGCUGCAGACAAUGACAAUGACAGCCACUCAGGCGAAUUCAGGACGGCAGUGAGGCAACUUGUGAGGAGGGAGGUGGAGGGGCAGAGGAGGAUGUGGAGGCGGACCGAGUUGGGGCUGGAUGACGCGCUUGGGGAUGAACUCUUCCCCUCCGAACCGAGUGAUGAACGAGACACGAGGGACGGAGGGGAGGUUGAGGUUGGGGGAUGGGAUGGGAGAGAGGGGGAUGGGGUGGAGAGUGUUUUUGCGACGAGGUCGUCAGGGACGUCGUCAGUGGGGAGCUUGGAUGGGACGCUCGCGAGUGAACUAUGGCGAGCACGCGAGAGCUUAUCGGCCUCUGAGAGAGGGGUGAGCGAAUAUUCGGAGGCUCCGCCGCCUUAUCGUUCGCAAGAAGUUUCGGCUUACAGUCAGCCUUUGACACUUCUGCCUGCACCUGAUGAAGUCUUGGGAGUAGGGGUCGUCCCGUCGUAUCGAUCCGCUGGGUUUGCUCUUCCGCCGCUAAGAGUACACGGGCUCGAAAGUCAGGAGGAACGACAACCUCUCUCCCCCGCGCCAGACUACAUCUCCAUCGAGGGGAUAAACCUUCCGCAUGCUCGGCACUCUUCCAACUCGUCCCGCCAAUCCCAGCAUUCAUCAUCAUACCCUUCCAGCUCUCCAGGAUUGACGACCCUCAGCUCUAGCUCGGGACAUUCUCCGGUAGAGUACGAUAGAGCUCCGACGCCAUGGUUGCCUGCUGUGCUGUCUUCUGGAAGUUCAGUGGGAAGCUCUCGUGAGGGAUCGCCUGGGAUUGCCUCCAAGUUCGGUAUCAGAUAG